AUGGCUGAAAACAGUGACAAUGGCAUCAACACUGAUGCUGAUCAAAAUCAAACAACAACUCAAAACACAAACACAAACUCAAAUAAAAAUCAUCAUGAUCCAUCUCUUCCUAACAGCCUAUACUUCAUUGGGGUAAAUGAAAGUUCAGGAGCCCUGCUUGUGACACAAAUUCUGGAUGCAAACAACUACCAUUCCUGGGCAAGGUCAAUAAAGAGGGCCUUGAGAAUCAAAAACAAGCUUGGGUUCAUCGAUGGUAGCCUCUAUGCACCAGCUGAUGUAGAAAAUCCAUUGAUGGAACACUGGCUUCGUUGUAACGAUAUUGUUAUCAGCUGGCUGCAAAACACCAUGACAGUGGACAUUAAGGCAAGCACACUCUAUGUGGAGACAGCACACCAGCUUUGGGUAGAGAUAGAGCAACGUCUUGCUCAACAAAAUGCCCCCAGAAUAUAUGAAAUCAAACAAGGCAUUGCAGCACUCAUGCAAGGACAUGACACUGUAAGCACUUAUUUCUCAAAACUCAAAACACUUCUUGAUGAAUUGAUCAACUAUGAGUCUAUUCCCAACUGCACCUAUGGGGGGUUAAAAACAGUGGUUAGUAAUCAGGAACGAGAUUGGGUAAUGAAGUUUCUCAUGGGACUUAAUGAAUCCUACAAAGGUCUUAAGGCUCAGAUUCUCCUGAUCAAGCCAUUCCCAAAAUUGAAUGAAGUAUAUUCACUAAUUCAGCAAGAAGAAAAGAGAAGGGAAAUCUCCAAUGAUGCUCUUGCUGCUGAAGGAAUGGCACUAGUGUCAAGAAUGGAUAUGAGAGAGGUAGAGAAGAAAAAUACUGGAUCACCAAAGAAAUAUUACUGCACCUUUUGCAAAAUGGCAGGGCACUCGUUGGAAAGAUGUUUCAAGGCCAAUAAGGAUAAAUCAACUUGCACACAUUGCAAAAUGCCUGGCCAUACUAUCAGUAAUUGUUUCAAAAUUCAUGGUUAUCCACCAGGCCAUAAGUUCUACAACAAACCACAGGUGAAUUUCACCUCUACAGAUCAGAAUAUGCCUCCUAUGGGAUCUGCACAGAAGCGAAUCAGUGACAAGAAUCAAGUGGUUUUGACUCAGGAGGAAUACACCCAGUUAAUGGCUCUAAUUAAGCCAUCAAUCAAUCAGCCUCAUUCACCUUCUGCCAAUCAUGUUCAGGGUUUGAAUUCUCUUUCUCUAAAACACACAAAUGUAUCCAAAAUCUCUUGCACUUACACAUGUUCUUCUGCUCACAUUGAUGAUUUUACCACCAUGCCUUGGAUUGUGGACACAGGAGCCACAGACCAUAUGGUCUGCUCAAUAUCCUUCCUCACAACCAUUAAAGAAAAAAUUUCCCAACCUGUCACAUUACCUAAUGGUGCUAUAGCCUUGGCCACUCACAUAGGAAAUGUUAAAAUCACAGAAAAUUUAUUGCUUCAUGAUGACCUUACAACUUGGAGGACGAUUGGUCUGAGUGAAGUGAGGAAGGGGCUGUAUCACUUGGUGCCAAAAGAGGUUUCUCCUACCAUGCUUGAUCAAAACUUACCUAAGUUAGUCAAUAAAGCUGUUCUGUCAGUCUCUGCUGAUGACAGCUAA